UGAUGAUGUACCUAUUACACUAACACGUAUCCCUUACAUUACUAUUUCUAUUCCGCGAUGUCUCAGAUGAGGGGUGCAUUUGAUGUUGGUGGCCUUUGUACUGGACCUUUUACUAUGCGUCGAUUUAAUCCAGCAGUUGGCUCCCUACCUAGCUUCUUCUCUCCCCAUCUUGAGGCUCCGUGAACCUGUAUCUAACCCCUAUCUGGCCCCUUACCCCUAUCCCCGCAGUCUUCACUCCGCUGAGCUCUUCUGAUAUACAGCAGAUCUAAAAGGUUCAAACAAUAGACCUAGUUGACUAUUGAAUAUGACUUAAUUCGACCACUAUUCGCCAUGUUCAACCUCGAUAUCCACCCUGUGGCCAUUUCCUAUGCUGUCGUCGGCAUCAUCGCCUCCUAUUUUCUCGCCGUUGUGAGUUAUCGACUUCUACUUCAUCCCCUAAGUCGUUACCCGGGGCCGUUCCUCGCGAAGCUAUCAGAUGCCUAUCCCGGCUUCUACGCUUUCCGUCGACGUCUGCAUCUAACCACCCAACGGGAUCAUCAGAAGUAUGGUCCCGUUAUGCGACAUGGUCCAAAUAAACUCGUAUUUAACUCCGUUCAAGCUUUGCGAGACAUCUAUCAGAAUGAAAAGGUCACCAAGGCCGAUGCCUAUCUUGUCUCGCAGGCCGCCCCGAAUGUCUUUAAUCUUUUCAACGCUAUAGACAGAGACUUGCACCGUAUAAAGCGCAAGCUAGUCGGCGCGGCCGUCUCGGAACGCGCGAUGCGCACCUUCGAACCCACCUUAUCUAACCAGGUGGACGUCUUCGUGAAACAGCUACUCUCACCUCCUGACGCUCCUAUAAAUAUGACGGAGCGAAGUAAACGUCUAGGUCUCGAUAUCGUGGGUCACCUUUCCUUUGGUUACGAUCUUCGCCUCCAGACCGAAGAGACCAACCGUUUCCUCGUCAAUGCCAUCCAGCUGGGAAACUAUCGCAGUAAUCUUAAUAUGCAAUUUCCGUUCAUCCACAAGGCUCACCUGCAUAACGCGAUAGGCCGCUUCUUUUACCCUUCAUGGGACGAGUUCACCCGCUUAUUGCAAACCAUGAUCGGAACUCGUCUUAGUCAAGAUAAGGAUGCUCAACCGGACUUCUAUUCUUAUGUUUCCGACGCCCUAGCAGCCGAGUCGGAAGAAGCGCGACAGCUUGAUCUCUGGACCGAAGCUAUGUUCUUCACAAUUGCUGGGGGUGAUACAACCGCGGCAGCCAUUGCAGCCGCCUUCUUCUAUCUAUCACGCAACCCGGAGUGUUACCGGAAGUUGGCCCAGGAGGUUCGCACUACCUUUAAAAGCAGCAGCGAAGUGAGGGGCGGCCCGGCACUGUCGAGCUGUCACUAUCUCCGUGCCUGCGUUGACGAGUCUCUGAGAAUGUCCCCACCAACGCCUAGUACGCCGUGGCGACAAUUAGCCCCAGAUGAGAAGGAUGAUUUUCUUAUUAUUGACGGAUACCCUAUCCCAAAGGGUGUCUCGUUCGGAGUGAAUAUCUACUCGCUUCAUCACAACGAGAAAUACUUCCCAGACCCGUACAGGUUCUCUCCCGAGCGCUGGUUACCCCCGGUCCCCGACACACCGGAAAGCCGCGCAGCUCAGAAGAUUAUGCGAGACGCCUUCAGCCCAUUCUCCGUCGGUGCUCGCUCUUGCGCCGGAAAGCCGGUAGCUUACCUCGAGACUAGCCUUACUUUAGCGAAAACGCUAUGGCACCUUGACUUCGAACUGGCUCCCGGAGUGCUCCGCCAGGUGGGCGCGGGCAGGAAAGGGGGCGAGAGCGGAAGGGAGCGGCCGGAGGAGUUCCAAUUAUUCGACCAAUUCACCUCCGCCCAUGACGGUCCUUACUUGAUGUUCAAGCCUCGAGGCGAUUUUGUUGGGCAGGAUGAAACCAAAGGAGUUAUAAUGCGGAACCUAGUCUUUAUCUUUUAG